AUGGCUUUGAUUAGCGAUAAAUUAAAAAAAGAAUUUCUAACAUUUGAAGAAGGGAAGGAGCUAGUUGCAAGCACUUUAAAAACAGGAAGGGGGAUAGAAAUUUUGAAUAAGAUAAUUAGCGAAAAGAAAUUACUAAAAAUAUUUAUUGAUAGAUUAAAAAUAACAAAUAAAUUUAAAAAAAACGUUGAAAAAAAAAUUAUAUACUACAGCUUAUGGUUUAUAGAAAGAAAAAUUAAAUCAAAAUUGAUAGAAAAUUGUAGUAUUUUUUUCGACAUCUCAAAUAGUGAGAAAUUUUUGGAGAAAAAACGGAGAAGCACAAACGAAAGCAAGAAUGACGAUAUGAGUCAUAAUGUAAACUAUAGUAAGAAAUUUAAUGUAGACAAUAAAAAUUUCCAAAUGAUAUAUAAGCUAUUUAGGUUAGAAAUAAUUUUAAAAAGAUAUGUAAAUAAACUAUUACAAUUUUUUUUUUUUAAGUGUGAUAAUAUUAAUAAUUUUAAUUUUUUAAAAAAUAAAUUAAAAACAUGUAUUAAAGAUAAUUUAGUGUCUCCUAGAUUUAAUUUUCCGCUUCGGAAAUUUCAUACAUAUUUUAAAUACCCAAAUAUUAAAACUACAACAAAAAACAAAAUAAAUGAUUUUGGUAACAUAUAUAAUAAAAUUUUAUAUUCAUCAUAUGAUGAUUACAAUAUGAAAAAAAAAAAAAAAAAAAAAAAUAAUUCAUCAAAAUCAUAUACAUUACUACCAUUAAUACCAUAUUACUAUAACGACUUACCAUCCAUUAAAAUGUCAAAUGACUAUAUGAAAAUAGAGGGAGGAAAACUAAAUAAAGAUAUCACAAAAUAA